AGGAAGGAGAGUCCGCCCGCCGCCGCCCGCCUGCCGGCUUCUCAAACAGCCCCUCGCCGGUCCUCCAAACUCCCAGCGAGAAGAAAGAAAGAGCGUCCCCGGAAACCACCGAAACGCUGGGGUAGAGCGGCACACGUUUUUCCUCUUCGCCGGUCCUCCUCGGUUGCCGUGCUCCUGCGCGAAAGGACCUUGGGCUCCCCCUCUGCCCCGGCGGUCAGCGGGAACCUCACAGAGCAGUCGUGGGGAGCUCAGCGGCGCUACAUUGCAUUUGACCCAGAGCUCUGAGACUCCUCAGCAUAAUGACUCAAGCAGAAAUUAAACUGUGUUCUUUGUUGCUGCAAGAGCAUUUUGGAGAGAUUGUAGAAAAAAUUGGAGUCCACCUAAUCAGAACUGGCAGCCAGCCCCUAAGAGUUAUUGCCCAUGACACAGGAACUUCGCUGGAUCAGGUAAAAAAAGCUCUUUGUGUCCUCAUCCAGCACAACUUGGUGAUAUAUCAAGUGCACAAACGUGGCGUGGUGGAGUAUGAAGCCCAGUGCCACCGGGUGUUGCGAAUGCUUAGGUAUCCCCGGUACAUCUAUACCGCCAAAACACUGUACAGUGACACGGGAGAGCUGAUUGUUGAGGAGCUGUUGUUGAAUGGCAAAAUGACAAUGUCAGCUGUUGUGAAGAAAGUAGCGGAUAGGCUCACAGAGACUAUGGAGGAUGGCAAGACCAUGGACUAUGCUGAGGUGUCAAACACAUUUGUGCGACUAGUGGACACACACUUUGUGCAGCGUUGCCCCUUGGUGCCUGCCACUGAGAAUUCAGAUACUGGGCCGCCACCACCUGCCCCCACUCUUGUCAUCAGUGAAAAGGACAUGUACCUGGUUCCUAAACUGAGCUUGAUAGGGAAAGGUAAAAGGAGGAGAUCGUCUGACGAAGAUGCUACUGGGGAGCCCAAGGCCAAGAGACCAAAACAGACCACAGAUAACAAAGAGCCCAUUCCAGAUGAUGGGAUUUAUUGGCAGGCCAACCUUGACAGAUUCCACCAGCACUUCCGUGACCAAGCCAUUGUCAGCGCAGUUGCCAACAGGAUGGACCAGACCAGUAGUGAGAUCGUGAGGACCAUGCUCCGGAUGAGUGAGGUCACCACUCCCUCUGGUGCCCCCUUCACCCAGCCAUUGUCUUCCAAUGAGAUCUUCAGAUCCCUACCUGUUGGCUAUAACAUCUCUAAGCAAGUUCUUGAUCAAUAUCUCACUCUGCUGGCAGAUGAUCCACUAGAGUUUGUUGGAAAGUCUGGCGACAGUGGUGGAGGAAUGUAUGUCAUCAACCUGCAUAAGGCUCUAGGAUCUCUAGCCACGGCCACUCUGGAGUCCGUCGUACAAGAGAGAUUUGGAUCUCGCUGUGCCAGGAUAUUCCGUCUAGUUUUACAAAAGAAACACCUGGAGCAGAAGCAAGUAGAAGAUUUUGCAAUGAUUCCAGCAAAGGAGGCAAAGGAUAUGCUUUAUAAGAUGCUCUCAGAAAAUUUCAUAUCACUGCAGGAAAUUCCCAAAACACCAGACCAUGCCCCAUCCCGGACCUUCUAUUUAUACACUGUGAACAUCCUGUCAGCUGCCCGGAUGCUGCUGCAUAGGUGCUACAAGAGUGUAGCCAACUUAAUAGAAAGGAGACAAUUUGAAACCAAAGAAAACAAGCGUCUACUAGAAAAGUCUCAGAGGGUAGAAGCCAUCAUUGCAUCUAUGCAGGCUACAGGUGCAGAGGAGGCACAACUACAAGAAAUAGAGGAGAUGAUCACAGCCCCCGAACGCCAGCAGCUAGAGACCCUGAAACGUAACGUCAACAAGUUGGAUGCCUGUGAGAUCCAGGUGGAUGAAACCAUCUUCCUGCUGGAGUCAUACAUCGAGAGCACCAUGAAGAGACAGUGACCCAGAAGAAAAGUUUUCCUCCAAAGAUCUGAGGGGAUUGGAAGGAAGAAUAAAGGAGUAGGAGAGGAUCCAGAUUCUGUACUGACAUUCCCUCUCCCUACCACCCAGAGUACACCAGAAAGAGUGUGACCUGUCUUUUUUUCAAGUUUGCUAAUCCUGUUUUAGAACCAUCAUUAUAUUCUACCCUCAUCAAAUCUUGGCAGGAGAAAGAACCUUAAAUCAACUAGAUUAAUCAUCUGUUAGAUGCAUCAGUUCCCACCGAGAACACAGCUAAAGCUGUGUUUGAACAUCUCUGACAAUGAGAAAAACUUCUUCCUAAGCUUUUUAUUCCAUUUUCAAAAAGCUGCACCUGCUCUUUACUUUGUUAAACUGUAGUAUUAAACACACACAGUGUAGAGAAUGUGAAAGACUACCAUGGAGAGGGGGAUAAAAGCUAUUUUUAGGGCUAGCAGGUGGAUUGGCCCAAGCAGCCAUACUAGAAUCUAUGGAUAAAUGUCACAUUUGCCAGCUCUGGGCUUCUAACACAUCUGAAAUUAUGUGUAUGAAACACUUAGCACAGUGCUUGGCAUAUGAUAAGCACUCAAUAAAUCACUGCCUUUCUCUUCACCAUUAUUCCUAAAAACUGGCAA